GCUUACCUACAACAUCUGCCACAAUCCAAUCAAAACAUCUCUUUUCAUUCUCUCUCAAAUCUUCAUUUCCAUAUCUACUUUUUCUCUCCACUUUAUUCUCCUACCCUCUCUCUCCCUCUCUCUCUAGAGCUAACGAAAAUGGGUAUAUUGUCAAGAAAAGCUACUUGCAUCACUCAUGGCCAAGAUUCUUCGUAUUUUCUGGGUUGGGAAGCGUACGAGAAGAACCCUUACCACGAGGUCAAGAACCCUAAUGGCAUUAUCCAAAUGGGUCUCGCAGAAAAUCAGUUAUCUUUCAAUCUUAUUGAGUCAUGGCUUGCCAAGAACCCUGAAGCAGCAAACUUCGAAAGAGAAGGCCAAUCUAUUUUCCGGGAACUAGCUCUCUUCCAAGAUUACCAUGGCCUUCCUUCCUUCAAGAAUGCUAUGGCGGAUUUCAUGUCGGAAAAUAGAGGAAACCGAGUUUCUUUUGAUCCUAAAAAGCUUGUCCUCACCGCGGGUGCUACUUCGGCUAAUGAAACUCUUAUGUUCUGUCUCGCUGAUCCUGGAGAGGCUUUCUUGCUCCCUACUCCAUAUUAUCCAGGAUUUGAUAGGGAUUUGAAAUGGCGAACCGGAGUUGAGAUUGUACCAAUCCAAUGCACAAGUGCAAACGGAUUCCGCAUCACCAAAUCCGCACUCGAAGAAGCCUACAAGCAAGCUCAAAUGCUUAACCUAAAAGUUAAAGGAGUCCUUAUAACCAACCCAUCUAACCCGUUGGGUACUACAACAACCCGAACCGAACUAAACCGUCUCUUAGAUUUCGUGUCACGUAAGAAUAUACAUUUGAUAAGCGACGAGAUCUACUCGGGUACUGUUUUCGCUUCUCCUGGUUUCAUCAGCGUAAUGGAAGUCCUCAAAGAAAAAAAACUCGAAAACACCGAUGUUUCUAAACGUGUCCACAUCGUUUACAGUUUGUCUAAAGAUCUAGGCCUACCUGGUUUUCGCGUUGGAGUUAUUUACUCCAACGAUGAUAUUGUUGUGGCUGCAGCGACAAAAAUGUCUAGUUUCGGUCUAAUAUCUUCUCAAACGCAGUACCUCUUAUCCGCAUUGUUAUCCGACAAAAACUUCACUAAGAACUACCUCAAAGAGAAUCAAAUCCGACUCAAAAAUCGACACGAUAAGCUUGUGUCUGGUCUAGAGGCUGUAGGUAUCGAGUGUCUCAAGAGCAAUGCUGGACUCUUUUGCUGGGUCGACAUGAGACACCUAUUGAGAUCUAACACGUUUGAAGCCGAGAUUGAGCUAUGGAAAAAAAUCGUUUACGAGGUUAAGAUCAAUAUCUCUCCCGGUUCUUCGUGCCAUUGCAACGAACCGGGUUGGUUUAGGGUUUGUUUCGCGAAUAUGAGCGAGGAAACACUAAAGGUUGCUUUGAUUAGAUUGAAGAUGUUCGUUGAUGGACCGUCAUCUACGACAAGAAGUCAAAGUGAACAUCAAAGGCUAAAGCCUUUAAGAAAGAUGAAAGUCUCUAAUUGGGUUUUACGGUUAUCAUUUCAGGACCGUGAACCCGAGGAACGAUAGUCUGGUUUAUUUUUAUAAUAAAAGUAUAAUAAAUAUGAUUGGUUUUCAUUAUUUUUAGUGAUUUGUUCGUCAGAUGUAUCUUUUUUAUCAGAAUUCUAUAUUUUGGUAAAGUUUAUAGAGAAAAGU